AUGGACAUGGAGCGGGGCCCAGAGGAGGUCGCUCUUGGGGCUCUUGGGCUCGCCGGCUUCUGCCGCAAGACCCUCCGCGUCGUGCGCUCCCGUCCUCCAGGCUUCGCCUUCUUGGCCGGCGGAGUGACCAUGCUCACCCUGUCCUUGCUCGCCCACAUCGCCAUCUCCCGCUCCCUCUUCCCCGACGCCUUCGGCUCCUCCCACGCUGGCGCCGGCCUCCUCCGUCUCGCCACGAACUGGGCACCCUUCUUCCUCCUAGAGGUCGCCUACCUCCUCGUCAUCGUCGUCCAGUGGCUCGGCGCCACCAUCUGCUGCGUCUUCUCCGUCGCCCCGCGCUACGGCGUCACCGACGACCGCGAUACCGGCGACCUCCGUACCAUCCCCAGGUUCCGAGGGGACUCCCGCAGCGCCGCGCUCCAGGUUGCCGGGCGCCUCGCAGCCAUCUGCCUCCUGCUCCUCGGCUACACCGCCCUCACCGGCGCCUCCGCCUGGCUCGCGCACGGCCACCUCCUCAACGCUGCUCCCGGUGAGAAGAGCGGCGUGAAGCUGGCGCGGGUAGCACUGCCACUGCUGGGCGGCGUCGUGUACUUCGCCGGGGCUAGGCACAUCGGCUUGGUGUGGCGCGUCGCCUCCGUGAUGGUGGUGCUGGAGGACGCCUGGAGCUUCCGCGCCCUGCACAUGAGCGAGGAGCUCCUCCACCUCGCCCGCAUGUCCUGGGCCCCGGCCGCCGUCUUGACGCUCGACGGGUGCAUCCUGGCCGUGCAACUGGCCUUCGGCGCGCUGGUGGUCGACGACGUGAUGGGCCUCGGCGUCUGGCUCCGAGUGGCCGCGGGGGUGGUGAUGGCGGUGGCGCUGUGGGCGGCGGUGAUGGCAGGGAUGGUGGCGCAGGUGCUGCUGUUCUUUGUGUGCAAGAGCUACCACCGCGAGAGAGAGCUUUGA